GCUUUGGAGAAGAAGCUUUUGCCUUUCGCUAUUCUUUGAAGACGAAAAGGCCUUAAAAUCUCAUGUGGAGGGGAGAUAUAUGAUCAUUGAAGUGUGGGUGAUUUGAUGAUUGGUGGAGUAGACGAGCACGUGCGGUACACGUGAAUAGAGUGGGGCUCGAAUCGAAACUCGAAAGAAAAGGAACAAAUAUUUUUUUUCCGAGGGCGCUUAUUGUGGGCUUUCCUGCGCGCAGCCGAUAUGCGAUAUCGAAUCGUUGUUGUCGUCGCAGAAAUAUCGAGGUACAUGUCAGAGCGGUGGACGGUGGGCUCUCUCCUCGUCUCUCUCUAGUAUUUUGUGCUCAGAGAGAGAGAGAGAGACUGAGAGAGGGACGGAGGGAAAUCGUGGUGGCGUUCAGCUUGCCACAGCAUGGCUUCCCAACGGCGUCGCCAGACCCAGCACCAGCAGCCCCGCUUUCUGAUUCCGGUUGUGUCCGUCAUUUUCGCCGCUCUUCUUUUUCUCCUCGCUCUUCUGUCGUUUCUCGCCCCUCCGCCUAUGAGCGACAACCGCCUCCGCCGCCCCGCUUGGUUGAACGACGACAUCGAGGUUAAAAGGAAUGUGAUCACUGACGAAGUUUUCCGUGUUCCAAUCGUUGGAAGGAGUACAGGCCAUGAUCUUUGGGGUUCGAAGCUGUCAAAGUUCUUCUAUGGAUGCAGCAAUGCGAGCAAUAAGUUUGCGCAAGCCGAAGUUAUCACACAACCAAAUCGAUAUUUGAUGAUUGCGACCAGUGGGGGCUUAAAUCAACAAAGAACAGGGAUAACAGAUGCUGUUGUUGCAGCCCGAAUUUUGAAUGCUACUCUUAUUGUUCCAAAGCUGGAUUCAAAUUCCUUCUGGAAGGAUGCUAGCAAUUUCACUGAGAUUUUUGAUGUUGAUUGGUUUAUAUCCUUUCUCUCAAAAGAUAUUAAAAUCAUUAAACAACUCCCAAUAAAGGGAGGGAAAAUUGUUGCGCCCUACACUAUGCGUGUUCCAAGGAAGUGCACAGAAAGAUGCUAUCAAACCCGUGUACUACCUGUUCUUUUGAAAAAGCAUGCUGUUCAGCUCACCAAGUUUGAUUAUAGGUUGGCAAAUAAGUUGCGGACAGAUUUACAAAAACUUCGAUGCAGAGUCAAUUACCAUGCUCUGAAGUUUACUGAUCCUAUUCUUGAAAUGGGCAAGAAGUUGGUCCAAAGGAUGAGGAUGAAAAAUAGGCAUUUCAUUGCUUUGCACCUGAGGUUUGAACCUGAUAUGCUAGCAUUCUCUGGGUGUUAUUAUGGUGGGGGAGAAAAGGAAAAGAAAGAACUGGGUGCAAUCCGUAAGAGGUGGAAAACUUUACAUACAAGUAACCCAGACAAGGAAAGGAGGCAUGGAAAAUGCCCACUCACUCCAGAGGAAGUUGGUCUUAUGCUGAGAGCACUUGGAUUUGGCAGUGAUGUUCACCUCUACGUGGCAUCUGGUGAAGUGUAUGGAGGUGAAGAAACAUUGGCCCCCCUUAAAGCACUCUUCCCAAAUUUCCAUUCAAAGGAGACUAUAGCCAGCAAGGAAGAAUUGGCACCAUUCUCUGCAUUUUCUUCUCGUAUGGCUGCACUUGAUUUCAUUGUCUGUGAUGAGAGUGAUGUAUUUGUAACCAAUAACAAUGGUAACAUGGCUAGAAUGUUAGCUGGUCGAAGGAGAUACUUCGGUCAUAAACGUACCAUUCGUCCAAAUGCCAAGAAACUGUACUCUCUAUUUAUGAACCGAACUGACAUGACAUGGGAAGCAUUUGCAUCUAAGGUUCAUACUUUCCAGCGAGGCUUUAUGGGAGAGCCGAAGGAGAUAAGGCCAGGCAGAGGUGAAUUUCAUGAGAACCCAUCAACCUGCAUAUGUGAAUAUCCAGAAGCUAAGGUCUUAGAUUCAGGAUCCCAAGGAGUAGUUUUCCUCAAGGGGAAGAGGAAUGACACAGGGGAAGAAAUCGGUGAAUCAACUGAUCAUUUUCUUGAUGAGGAACCGGACUGGCCUGAUUUAGAUUACGUGGAAAAUCACAAUGGACUUGGUGAAAAAGGAAUGACCUACAAAAAUGAUACGGAUUAUGAUAUGUUCCUCAAAUUUGAGGAACCUGAGCUGGAGGAGAUGCUUUCAGAUUAAACUAAGCUGCCUGUCCCUCAACAAUUGCUUUUUGUUUUUCGGUUGUAGAUAACCCAUUCUUUCAUCAAAUUCUUUUGGCCCUUGCCCGCCUCUCAUUGGCGAUUUUUGCUUCUUUAGAGCACCUCUUGACUUACGGCACGAGUAUAUGGAUGAAUAGAGAUGUACAGUACUCCAUAGAUGAGGACAAUAGUUGAAAGUUGAUUUUUUUUUUUU